AUGUGUCCGGAGCGUACAAUAGACGGCUAUGGAGGAUCUCUAGACACAAAAGACACUAUGACUAAGGCAGAUCAGCCGGAUUCGUACGCAUUGGCUGCAGAGAAUGAAUGGCUCGAGCAAGAGAUUGCGCAGAUGGAAAGGAAGAUUAAUGAGAUGGCGCUGCAGGCGAACAGCGAAGCUGAGAGGACCAUUGAGCAGCUACACGCAUCAGAUGCAGCCAAGAAGACAUACGAAGCCGAGAAAGCCACAACCAUCGCGCUCUUGACCUCCGCCCUGAAGACGAUGGAAGACCAGAACACACUCAUAGAGGGGAAUAUCGGCCUUACUAAGCAGCAAAGUAAGAGGCUCCAGGACGAGCUUGCUGACCUUACGAAGGAUUAUGCUACCCGUAGGAAGCAGCUACUGGAUGAGAUUGAACAAGAGAAACAGGAUGCAGAAAAGUAUUCCAAUGCUGCGCGCGAUAUGGAGGAAAAAAUUCGGGCGGUUGAACAUAACAUCUCGAGUUUGCAGGAGCACGUUGCAAGGCAGCGUGCCGAAAAAGAGAAGCUGCAAAAGGCUCUUGAACAAAUAGACAUUCUUGCACAGGAUACCAAGAAGGAUUAUUCUACACCAUACACGAAGGACAUUGUAGAUUCCCUCAAAGAGGAGCUCAUUGAAAUUAGAGUAGACAUGGUUAAGUUUUUAGUAGAAACCUUUGAAGAUCCCUGCUCAUUUACUAACCCUGAGCAGGGAAAGCGGUACCGGCAACUCCUCUUUCAACUAAAAAGAAAAAAGACGCAGCUGGUGUUAGCGACCCAACAAUGUAAAUCAUGA